CGACGACUCUCAUUUUCAAGGGAGACCUCUCAAUCAAUCUUUUCCGAAAUGCGUCUUCUCACUGGAUCAUUACAGCGGCUCACACGAGCACGUUUCCAACCAGUACCUCUGACGUUUUGUCGACAAAACCUUACCAUGGCUGCUGGAGAAGCUAUCGAAGAACAGAACUUACCACGAUAUCACGAAAGGCAUUAUUAUCCUGUCAAAAUUGGCGAGGUAUUCAAAGGCCGUUACCGGGUUAUUGCGAAACUCGGAUACGGCGCGUAUUCCACCGUUUGGCUUGCCUGGGACCAGAGGGCAAAGCAGUACACUUCACUCAAAGUGGGUGUCAGCCAAGAUACCGACUCUUCCCCAAUUCUUAAUGAGAUCAAUAUGCUGCAGCGUUUGAAGCGAUUCGCUGAGACCGAUCAGCGGGACCUCCCCGGAGUGGGCUUUACUCGUCUUGCAGAUGAUAUCUUUGAAAUCGAUAGGGCCCCAUGUGGCCGACGACACUACUGCAUCGCCUCAAAACCCCAAGGCCAGAGUAUUCGCGUGUUACAGGAGACAUUUCCAAAUGCCAUGUUACCUAAGCUUCUUGUGAAAUCCAUCGUACACCGCUUAUGGUUUUCUAUCAAUUGGUUUCAUUCAACCUGUGGUGUCAUACAUACCGAUAUUUCACCUCAGAAUGUCCUGAUGCAACUUGAGGAUGAUAGCAGCCUCAAGGACAUUGAGGACCAAGAGGCGCUGGAUCCAAGCAUCCCUGUAAUUACAACUGAUGGAGUGGCUCCAGUUUACAGGUCUCGAUCUACCAAGCUGGAGCUCUCAGGCCUCCCAGUCCUUACUGAUUUUGGGCAAAUGCGCCUUGCUGAAGGGCAUAUUAAUCAGGAUUGGUGGAUGCCCGAUUUAUAUAGAGCCCCAGAGGUCCUUUUGGGCCUGCCUUGGGAAUAUCCGGUUGAUGUGUGGUCUAUUGGUGUCAUGACACUUGAACUCAUGGAAGGGAAGAAUUUAUUCAGCCCCAUUGACCCGGCUAACAACCAAUAUGUUCUUCCAUUAGCCCUGGCACAGUAUAUUGGAUUUCUGGGUCCUCCACCGCUGGAGAUGAUUCGGAAAAGCCCACUCUUUUCGGCCUAUUUUGAUGAAUUUGGUAAAUCCUUCCUUGAUAUUUACGCUACAAAAACAGUUAAGCUUAUUCAAGAUCUCUAUGUAGGCGACUGGGUGUCUGAACCCCCCAUCCCCGAAACCUCUUUUGAGAACUUUGUCACCUCAAUCCCACCUGGCGAGGAAAAAGACCAGUUUCUCAGGUUCAUACGGAAAAUACUAACUUGGGAUCCGGAAGUGAGGGCCAAUUCGUAUGAGCUCAUAUUCGAUGAAUGGAUGAUGAGGCCUCCUUCGGAGGAUGAUAUGGUGUUUUUAAAGAGCCAGAUGGGCUAUUGA